CAACAACAAAACACUUGACACCACCAAGAAGAAGAAAAGAAACCAAUCAAAUCUUGAGAAUGGAGACUUGCUUGGACUGCAAGAAAGCUACUGAAACAGUGAUUGACCUAAGAACCGGCGACACAAUCUGCACCGAGUGCAGCCUCGUCAUCUCCGAUCACUACAUAGACGACUGCCAAGAAUGGAGAACAUUCGCCAACGACGACAACAACAGCGACCGAGACCCAAACCGCGUCGGCGCUCCGACCAACCCUCUCCUCAAAUCCGGCGGUAUCGGCACCAUCAUCUCAACACGCAAAGAAGAAAACGCUUUCUCCUCCUCGGUCUCCAAGAACGACUUGUUCGGUCUGUCCCGGGCACAGAGUCUCCUCAGGGACAAGGAGGAAGACCUGUUCAAGAAAGCUUGCGACGAAAUCAAGAGAAUGACUGGAGAUCUUGACCUAAUAACCGGUGUCGAGUUUAGGGCUUGCGAGAUCGUCUCCAAGUUCGACGGUGACAGUAGCAAGAAGCUACGUAGAGGGAAACAGUUGACAGCUCUCUGUGCUGCUUCUGUUUCGACGGCUUGUCGUGAGCUGAAGCUCUCGAGGACGUUGAAAGAGAUCUCGACGGUGGCUAACGGUGUGAGUUUGAAGGAUAUAAACAAGGCGAGUAUGGCGAUAAAGCGUCUUCUAAUUAGGUCAGGUCAAGACGAGGCUGUUUCUGAUGCUGCUCCUCAGGUGAUACUCAAGACGGGGGAGCUUGUUCGUCGGUUCUGUUCCAAACUCGACAUAGGCGAAAGAGAGAGGAAGGCUAUUAGAGAAGCUGUUGAAAUGGCUGAGAAUUUCGAUAUCCGGAGAAACCCUAAGUCGGUUCUUGCUGCUAUCAUCUUCAUGAUCUGUCAGCUGUCUCGGAAUAAACAGAGACCUAUUCGAGAAAUUGCGAUGGCUUCAGAAGUUGUGGAGAAUACCAUCAAGAGGUCUGCUAACGACAUGUACCCUUACGCCUCGAAGAUAAUACCGAAAUGGUAUGCGUCUGAAGAAGACAUUAUCAAGAGGUUAGGAGGUCUCGUAGGUUCUUUGGAUGGUGCAAAACUUAUAGUAUAAGGAAGCCUUUAUUCCGCAAGAAGUUUUGAGACUUGUGUUAGAAGAAGAAGAUAGUUGAGGGAUAUGUUCUGACUAAAGAUCUAUGUGGUCUAUUUU